UUGAUCGGUAAAGCCAAGAGUUCGUGGGAAGACACCGAAACCUAUGACAAGCUGAAAGAACGUCUCGAUGAGCUGCGCAACCAGUAAUAGUCGUUCAUCAACAAGACCGGAAGACUUUUUCAUAAAACAAAAAAAGCACAAUCUCCUUUCUAGAAAAUAGCAUUGCCCACCAUAAUCUCUCCUUCCAGUGUACAACAAUCAUCCCUUAUUCCCAGCAACCCACUGUUAAAAAAAUGUCAUGAAUUAAAAAAAGAUUGGUAUUGCAGCCAGCUGUGAAUCCCUUGACGGACUAAGUCUGUUGGCAUCCUAUUCGGUAGAUGGAUAUUAUCGGGAUGACAGUGUCGUAUGCAUGCAGGUGAUUUUUUUUGGGUCUGCCCUUCCAAACUCCUCCUCACCUCAGCGUAACCCCCCGAACGGAUAUAUGCUCGGAUAUCUAGCAACCGCUGCGCUAGUAUCGGCGGCUGCUUACUACCUACAAGCACCUAGUGCACGCAGACUACAAGCUGUCAAACCUAAUGAAGAACGAGUAGUGGUUGUGGGAUGCACCUCAGGCAUUGGCCGAGAAACCGCAUUACUCUAUGCCCGUCGACAUGCGAAGUUAAUCUUGUUUGCUCGCAGACAAGAGCUUUUGGAUUCAUUGCAAGAAGAAGUAAGCGCACUUGGAGGACAGGCGUAUACAGUGUGUGGGGAUGCGACCGUGGAAGCAGACGUCAAGAAACUUGCCAAAACGACCCAAGAUACCCUAUCUGGCGUAGACACCUUAAUUAUCUGCGCUGGAGCCAUCUCCGUGCAACCGUUCCUAAACCUAUGCGGAGGGCUCGAUGGCCAUCCUCAACAAGACCCCAUGGAAGCCGUACGACGGAUCACAGCUGUCAACUACUAUGCCCCUAUCCAACUCACUCAAUAUUUCUUGCCCCUCCUUAUUCGAACAUCGGCUUCACCCAAUAUUAUUGUCAUAUCGUCCUUGGCCGGCAAAGCAGGAGCGCCAACACGCAGUCUAUACGCGGGAUCUAAGCACGCUGUUCAUGGAUUCUUCGAUUCCUUGCGUGUGGAAGUAGCGAUGCAUAAUGUUCAUGUUGGCCUUGUCUGCCCUGGUACCGUCAACACCGACCUGAGACAAUCGGCAGUAGACCUGGAUUUAAAUAGCGCAGUACACGGAUCCACAAAAGGAAAACUAGAGCCAAAAGCGGUGGCCCAAGCUAUCGUCCAUGCAUCCGAUCAACGUCAACGCGAAGUGCUGUUGCCUCGGCUCAUGGGCAUAGGGGCCAACUGGGGUAAAUUGCUCGCACCGGGAUUGGUUGAUAGCUUUGCGGCCAAGAAGUAUGGAUUUGCAGCUUAGACAAAUUAGGUCGUGGCUUAUAACAGCAUAGCCGUGUGUGUGUGUGACAUUUGUAGCUCGUCUUGCGAUAGCUCCCUUUUUAUUCAUAGUACAAAACCUGGUUUCCAAUUAAAUACCGUGGCGCGUUAGCAAGCACCUUUUUAUCUUCUUCUUUAUGAAAUCUUUGGCCUUGGUCUGUGCGUUGGUUUGGGUGCUGGUUUCAUCCGCCAUCGUUCAAGCCAGCCUUUUGGACGACGGUGGUAAAGU